CCACCAUCGCGCCUCCCAAAUCGCGUUGGAUGUUUUGCGCGUUUCGUUUGUUCUGCGACUUACACCAGACCACCAGCCCACCAAACAGACCACAACACCGCAACCAGGAACGCGGAUUCCCGACCAAAUCGCCCUACUAAGCGCCAGAUAGGUAACCAAGAUGCCUGGCCGAACAGUCAGCAAUCUUGGAGCAGGGCCGUCAAGGAAGAGGCCUCGUCGCGUUACUGAUGCUGAUGGGGAAGGAGUCGACGAGGAGAUCGUCCAUGUGCAACAGGCGAGCUCUGGCUUGCGUCACGAUGCCCGUAAACGGGCGCGCACGUCCACGGCUGCCUCCAGUAAAGACCUCGAAGAAGCCCUGCGAGAAACGACACCAGUUUCCUCAUCGGAGAGCGACGAUGAUAUCCCGAUGGAAGACGACGAAAUACCCGAACAUGGGGGUUCGCCAUCCAAGACACAAUACGACGAGCUCAGAGACAACGACUUCAAGCAUCUCGAGCACGAAGCAGCCGACGAUCAGCGUGCCACUCAGAAGAUUCGCUUCCGGCCAAACAGGCUCGGGGACAACGCCGUGUCAGAUAACGGCAUCAUCGAGAGCAUCACCUGCAUCAACUUCAUGUGCCAUGAGCGCCUGCACUGCGAGCUCGGGCCCCUGCUGAACUUUAUCGUCGGAGAGAACGGUAGCGGCAAGAGUGCCAUCCUCACGGCCAUCACUCUCUGCCUCGGCGGGAAGGCAAGCUCGACCAACCGUGGUGGCAGCCUAAAGAGUUUCGUCAAGGAAGGGCGGGAUCGCGCCAUCUUGAGUGUCAAGAUUAAGAACCAGGGAGUGGACGGAUACAAACAGGACGUCUAUGGCGAUUCCAUCAUUGUCGAACGCUAUUUCUCCCGGGCUAGCGGCAGCGGGUUCAAGAUCAAGAGCGCAACAGGCCAGAUCAUCUCGACCAAGAAGCAGGAGGUUGACGAAAUCUCGGAGUACUACUGCCUGCAGGUGGACAACCCCCUGAACGUUCUCUCCCAGGAUAAUGCCAGGCAGUUCCUCAACGCUGCGUCUGCAUCCCAGAAGUACAAGUUCUUCAUCGAAGGCGUGCAACUCGAGCAACUAGACAGGGACUACCGCCUCGUCUCUGAGUAUCUGGAGUCGAGCGAGGAGAAGGUCCCUCUUCAGGAAGAGAGAGUCGAGCUGGCAAAGAAGGACUGGGAGAAGGCCAAACGCCUCUCAGAGACGGUCCAGAACCAGCAAAAUGCCCGCCGACGUUUCCGUCUCCUGACAAGCCAGUUGGCCUGGUCCCAGGUCUCGGACGAGGAGAAACGCCUUGCGGAGCGCGACCAGAACAUACUGGAAAUUGAUGCCAAGGUUGCCGACACCGAGAGGGCCAUUGAAGGGAAGGCCCAACUCUUGGCGCAAGAGGACGAAACGAUUGCUCGCGCCCAGGCAGCUGCUGUCGAAGCCCAGGAGGACGAAGGCCUGUACCAGUCACAGGUGGAUGCGGCCGACGAGGAGUUCCAGGCGGCGAAGAAGAUGCUUGAGCAGUUACACACCGAUGAGCGAAGUGCCCACUCCGAGCUGAAGACCGCCGCCAACAAAGUUCAGGACCUGGAGCAGAAGAUCGAGGUAGAGCAGCAGCGCCUGGAGAAUUCUAAUGGCGAUGCCCUUACCCGCAAGAGAGAGGACCUUGCGAACGCGAAGGAAAGGGAGGAGGCGAUCAACCGGGAGAUUGCGGACAACAGACAGUUGCUGCCGACGCUGGAGGGAAAGCACAAAGAAGCCAAGCGAAGCGUGGCUGAGAUAACUCAAUCCGUGGAACGCAAGCGAGACGAGAUAUCGAACGUGGAAAGCAAGAUCCAUCGUUUUCGGCAGGGCCAGGGGUCGAAAUACGAUGCGUACGAACCCCGCGUCCCCAAUCUACUCUCCAUGAUUGCUGCGGAUAACAGCUUCGAGAACAAACCCGUUGGACCACUUGGCACUCACAUUCAACUACUCAAUCCCAUCUGGUCAUCGAUCCUGGAGCAGACGAUUGGGGCGAACCUCAACGCCUUCAUCGUAACGAGCCGGCACGACCACAAAAUUCUGCAGGCCAUGAUGAAUCGUGCGGGCGUCAGGAAUUGCCCUAUUCUCAUUGGCAAUCGUCACACUCUCAACACCGAUGGAAAGGAACCAGACCCUUCAUUCGACACCAUCCUCCGAGUCUUGAAGUUCGAUAAUCAGCUGGUGCGGGACCAGAUGAUCAUCAACAAUGCCAUCGAGCAAGUCAUUCUGAUCGCCGACAGGAUCAAGGCUGAGGAUGUCAUGUUCAGUGGGCCUGCACCAAGAAACGUCAUGGCGUGCUUGUCUCUUCAUGAUGGCAAGCGUGGCGAAGGCCUCCGGCUCACCAACAAGGGCGGCAGUAAUUACGGGACGACUACCGUGACGCCAAACCCCAAUUUGCGGCCCCGUAUGAAGACGGACUCGGACUCCCAGCUUUCGAUCCUGAAGGAAACGUUGGAGCAACUGGGGAACGAACUUCGGGAACUUGAAACGCAAAAGCGCCGAUUGCAGCAAGAUGCGCAUCGGUGUCAAUUAGAUAUCACCCAGCAUGGACAGAAGAAGAAGACUCUGGAGCACAACCUUAGAAAGGCCCAGGUUGAGAUCGAGACUAUCGAGGUCGAGCUGGACGGCUUCGACGGCGUUGAUGGCCGAUUGCAGGGCUUCCAAGAGCAGCUCGAGCAGGCCAAGAAGGAUCAAGAACACCAUGGAAGGCAGUACGGUGAUCUUGUCGUCAAGAAGCAGAAUCAGAAUAAGGAAGUGGAGGCUAGCAAGGAAAAGCUGAGGGCGGAGCGGACUCAGAAAAAAGACUAUGAAGCGCGAGUUGACAAGGCGAUGAAGAAGGUCAACAGGUUGACUCAGCUGCGCGGCAUCACCCUCACCGAGAAGAACGAAGCUCAUGCCGAACUCGACAUGCUCAAAGACGAUAGGAUACGUGCCGAAGACAAACGCAACCGGCAAGCCGCUCGGCUCGUCGAAUUCAUCCAGAUGGCGGAACAGGUUUCACCGCAACGCGUGCAUAUCGCCGAGAAUGAGACGUACCAGAGCGUCGAGAAGGCACACGCGGCGCUGAAGGUGCAGCUUGAGGCGGCGCAAAAGGAAAGAGGCAUGACCGACGCUGAAGUUUACGAUUACGCCGUCAAGACCAAGGCUGCCCAUGAUCAGAUGCGGCACGACCUGAAGACGAUCAAGGAUGUGAACCAGAGCUUGAAAAACACGCUGACGAAGCGUCUACACAAGUGGCGAACAUUCCAGCGCUACAUCUCGGCGCACUCGCGCGCCAACUUCAUUUACCUCCUGAGCGAGCGAGGAUUCAGAGGCAAGCUCAUGCUCGACCACAAGCAAAAGAGGCUCGCUAUCCAGGUGGAGCCGGACAAGACGGAGAAGAGGGCUGCGGGCCGCAACACCAAGACACUGUCGGGCGGCGAGAAGUCGUUCUCAUCCAUAUGCCUGCUUCUCUCGAUCUGGGAGGCCAUGGGAUCGCCACUCCGCUGCCUGGACGAAUUCGACGUCUUCAUGGACAACGUCAACAGAGCGAUCAGCACUAAUAUGCUGAUUUCCGCUGCCCGCCGUUCCGUCGGUCGACAGUAUCUCCUAAUCACCCCUAAUGCCAUCGAAGGCCGCGCCACGCUCGACCGGGAUGUCAAAAUCAUUCGACUGACCGACCCCCGUCAACGAAGGCUGGUCGAUCACUGAUAUACCGGCGGUACCGUUUGUUUGCUGUAGCUUGUUUGCUGUAGCUUGUCCAUAUUUCAUGUUCGUCUAUUGUUUAAAUAGAGAGCUUCAAAGGCCUUGGGUGUUUGGAGCUAGGUUGAUCUGGAAGAGGAGAGGCUUCGUCUAUUUGGGACUCUACAUCUCCUUCCCGAAGCCCCCCUCUAAGGCAGAGGAGAGGGCUUCUUGUUUAUUAAGGAUGGCUACGAAGCCGCGGUGACGACGAUAGAUGUCCUUGUCGACAAAAUUAUACCCGCUGGGAGAUAGUCGCUCUAUUCAAUAUACAGAAUGCUGUAGUAUACACUUAUAC